AUGGUACCAUCCAGCAGAAGCGGAUACAACAGCAAUAGUAGCAACAGAAGAAGCAGCAGCAACAGCAACCGUAGCAACAGCAGACACAGCGACCACAGCAGCAAGGGUAGGAACAGCAAUAGCAGACACAGCAGCAAUACCAACAGCAGGAAUAGCAGCGACAGCAAUAGCGACAGCAGCAACAACAGCAGCAAUAGCAGCAGCAGCAACAGCAGCAGCAACAGCAACCGUAGCAACAGCAGACACAGCGACCACAGCAGCAACGGUAGGAACAGCAAUAGCAGACACAGCAACAAUACCAACAGCAGCAAUAGCAGCAACAACAGCAGCAAUAGCAGCAGCAGCAGCAACAACAGCAGCAGCAGUGAAGGAAACAGUGUGGAGGGGACGGCCAAGAACGACUCUGCCUAUCGUGCUAUCCCGUGA